AUGGGCAAACUUAUUCGCCUCGAGCUUUUCAAUUUCAAGUCUUACAAAGGACAUCAUACGCUGCUGUUCGGAGAUGCGUACUUCACGUCAAUUAUCGGACCCAAUGGGUCCGGUAAGUCGAAUUCGAUGGAUGCCAUCUCGUUUGUUCUAGGAAUUAAGUCUUCCCACCUGCGAUCCACCAACCUCCGUGACCUUGUCUACCGUGGGCGCGUUUUGCGCACAUCGAAGGUCGAUGGAGAGCCCCCCGCCAACGGAGAGAACGGCGAGGCGGAGGAGGAAGACGAGGACAUGGAUGCAUCGCAGGAUGCAGGUGGUCCGAACGACCCCAAGACGGCCUGGGUCAUGGCUUGCUACGAGGACGAUGCUGGUGAAGAACAGCAAUGGCGUCGCUCCAUUACAAGUCAAGGCACCAGCGAGUACCGCAUCAACAACAAAAUCGUGACUGCUCAGCAAUACAACGAGGCUCUGGAGGAGGAGAACAUCUUGAUUCGCGCGCGAAACUUCCUCGUCUUCCAGGGAGAUGUUGAGGCUAUUGCAUCCCAGUCGCCACGAGACCUUACCCGACUGAUUGAACAAAUUUCCGGCAGCUUGGAGUACAAGGCGGAUUACGAAAAGUUGAAGGCGGAGGCGGAGGAAGCAGCUGAUCAGCAGACUGUUCAACUCAAUCGUCGACGAGGCAUCAAUUCGGAGGUCAAGCAGUACCAAGAGCAGAAGCGGGAAGCCGAAAAUUACGCCCGGAAGGCCGAGGAGCGUGACCAAGCCAUUAUUACCCACAUUCUGUGGAAGCUUUUCCACUUCCAGCGCUUGAUCGACGAUUCGAGUGCCGACAUCCAGAAGUACCAGGAUGAACUUAAGGAAUACCGCCGUGGCGUCGAGAAGUAUGAGACGAAUGUUGAGGAUGCCAAGAAGGAGCACGCCCGUGUUGGUAGGGAUGUUGGCAAGGCCGAGAAGAGCAUCCUGAAGAAGGAGAAGGAAAUUGAGGAACUCAAUAACUCCUUGGUACCUGUCGAUGAGAAGGUUGAUAUCACACAGAAAAAGGUUGAGCGGUAUGCUUCGAAAAUCGAUGAGAUCCGUAAGGAGCGUGAGACCUACUCCAACGGCGCAAAAAAGCUUGAGAAGGACUUGAAGCUCGUGGAGAAAGCCCAGGCUCAAUGGGAGGUUGAGUGGAAAAAGACAACCAACAAACAGGGCGUACAGCUCAGUGAAGCUGAUCAGCAAGAAUACCACAAGCUCCGCGAAGAGGUCAGCAAACGCUCGUCCGCCGACCAACUGAAUCUCGACAACCUGCAGAGACAGAGAAAGACAGAGGCUGAAGCUGUCAACAGCCUGAAAGGCAAAUUCGAGAACACCGAGUGGCAACUUCAGAGCCUGGAGUCGGAUGCUCAGAAUAUGAAUGAGCGCAAGGCAUCUCUUACUGAAACAAACAAGACCACGUCCAAGGAUAUCGACCGCAAGAAAAAGGAGCUCAACACUUUGACAUCUGAGCGCUUGAAAGUCUCGCAAAUGAGAACAGAGCUUGAAGAAAAGCUGCAGGUUGUGCUGAGAAAGUUGCUCGAAGCCGACAAUGGAAAGAAGCAGAACGAGCGUGAGCUGCGCGCCAAAGAGAUGAUCUCAACUCUCAAGCGUAUCUUUCCCGGUGUCAAGGGGCGCGUCAGUGACCUUUGCAAGCCUAAGCAGCGUAAAUAUGCCGAGGCGGUUAGUACCGUGCUUGGCCGCCAUUUUGAUGCUAUUGUGGUGGACAAUGAGAAAACUGCCAAAGAAUGCAUCCAGCAUCUUCGCGACCAGCGUGCUGGCCUAGCAACUUUCCUGCCAUUGGAAACCAUCCAGGUGAAGCCUAUUAACUCUAACUUGAAGGGAAUGCACCGGAAUAUGCGCCCAGCCAUUGAGACCAUCGAUUACGAGGACUGGGUUUCUCGUGCUAUCAGCUAUGCGUGUGGAAACUCUAUUGUUUGUGACGAUCUGGAAACAGCCAAAUAUCUUUGCUACGAGAGGAAUGUUGAUGCCAAGGCUGUCACUUUGGAUGGCACCGUCAUUCAUAAGGGCGGUCUCAUGACCGGUGGACGAGGGCCCCAGCAGAAUUCAAAACGCUGGGAGGACUCAGAAGUGGAGAAUCUUUAUAAGCUAAAGGAUAAGCUGAUGGGCGACCUUGGCAAUCUCCCUAAGAGCCAUCACCGCGGCUCAGAAGAGGAGACUCUGCAGGGCGAGCUUGUUGGUCUUGAGCAGCGACUCAACUAUUCUCGUGAAGAGUUGAAGGCACUUGAGAGAAACAUCAAGAGCAAGCGCAGCGAACUGGACUUUGUCAAGCGCCAAUUAGAAGACCUGCGUCCCAAAUAUACUGAGCGGAAGGAGAAUCUCGAUGAGCUGGACCAGACUAUUGAGGUUUCUCAAUCCUCAGUUAGUCAAGUCGAAGAUGAGAUCUACGGCAAUUUCUGCAACCGUCUUGGAUAUGCCAAUAUCCGUGAGUAUGAGGCGCAGCAAGGUUCGUUGCAGGAAGAAGCUGCACAGAAGAAACUCGAAUUCACUACUCAGAAGAGUCGUAUCGAGAACCAGCUCAGCUUUGAAAUGCAGCGAAUUCAAGCGACAGAGGAUCGGGUUAGCGGUCUUCAGGCUCAGUAUGAGCGUGACAUGAGUCUGAUUGAGGAGCUCAAGAGUCAACAGGAGGAGAUCCGCAACAGGCUGGAUGAGUUCGGUGCCGAGCUUGAGCUAUUGCGGGAGAACCUCGAGAAGCAAAAGGAAAUCUACGCACAGUCAGCAGAGAACCUGACUGAGCAGCGAAGAGAACUUCAGAAGCGCAGCAAGCACGUCGAAGCGGCGCUCAAAAAUAUUAAUGCACUUGAAGCUGAGAUCCAGCGCAAUUCGUCCGGUCGUUAUGCCCUCCUGCGCCGAUGCAAGCUCGAGGACAUCGACGUUCCGUUGACCGACUCUUCCAACUCCUUCGACAAACUUCCCAUCGACGAAUUGGUGCAGGCUGCCGAUCCAGAUGCCAUGGAUGUAGAUGACGCUGAUGAACUUGAUGAAACGCCGGCGGUGCAGGACUACGGAAUUGAGGUCGACUUUGACUCUCUUGGAGAAACACUUAAAGAGGAGGCCGAUGAUAAGCUCGAGGAAGAGUUGCUAGAAAAGGUUCGCCUUCUCAACAACGAGCUCGACAAAAUGGCACCGAAUACCCGCGCCAUGGAGCGCCUCGAGACCGUCGAGAACAAGCUUCGUAGCACCGAGCAGGACUUUGAGGAUGCGCGCAAGCAGGCCCGAAAGGCGAAGGAUGGGUUUGAGGCAGUGAUGAAGAAGCGUUCCGACCUCUUUAACAAGGCCUUUGCGCACAUUUCCGAGCAAAUCGGCCCCAUCUACCGUGAAUUGACACGCAGUGCCAACUAUCCGCUGGGCGGACAAGCAUAUCUUGAUAUCGAGGACUCGGAUGAGCCAUAUCUCGAUGGCAUCAAAUACCAUGCUAUGCCUCCACUGAAGCGUUUCCGUGAUAUGGAGCAUUUGUCUGGUGGUGAGAAGACCAUGGCCGCACUUGCUCUGCUGUUUGCGAUUCACUCAUACCAACCCUCGCCUUUCUUCGUGCUGGACGAAGUUGACGCGGCUCUGGACAACACCAACGUUGCCCGCAUUGCCAACUAUAUCCAUGACCACGCUGCGCCUGGCAUGCAAUUCAUCGUUAUCAGUUUGAAGACCGGACUCUUCCAAAACAGUGAGGCACUGGUCGGAAUCUACAGAGAUCAAGUGGAGAACAGCAGUAAAUCCCUAACUCUUGAUCUCCGCAAAUACACCUGA